AUGAUGAUACAGGCUUAUCUCUGCACAUUCGCCCUUUUUUGGCUCCCUCUUGUUGCUGCCCAGUAUGGGAGAGGAGGAGAUUCUAGCAGUACUACUACGACUGCAACUGAGACUACAACUACAGCGAGCUCAACAGAAAGUGCCUCCGCUUCAAGUACCGUCUCCGUUGAUGUCGGCGAAGAUGGCUUUACCUUUAAUCCAGACACCAUCCACGUCCCGAAAGGAGGCGUCGUCGAGUUCCAUUUCUAUCCAGGUGGUCACUCAGUUGCCCAAGCCGCAUUUAACAAACCAUGCCACCCCCUGAGCGAUACGAGCUUCUUCAGUGGAGCGAUGGAAAAUGCCAAUGAUGGAAAGCCUGUCUGGUCGCUGACCGUCAAUGAUACAAACCCGAUCUGGUUCUACUGCGGCCAAGUUGGACAUUGCGCUGCUGGAAUGGUCGGUGUGAUUAAUCCGUCUGGCUCGGAUACGCUUGAUGCAUUCAAGUCCGCGGCUUCGAGUGUAAGUGGCCAGAGCGUGCCGGCCACGGCCCAAGGUGGUAUUCUC